UCACAAGCAUAUGCAGCAAGAAGCAGUGGAUGCCACUACUCUUACCAUGGACAAGCAGCACUCCCAACAAAUGGAGCCGCAAGUGGAAGUGGCAGUGAUAGAUGGGAAGGAGUACUUUGUGAAGGUAUUCUGUGAGCACAGAGCAGGUGGGUUUGUGAAAUUGAUGGAGGCACUCAACACCUUAGGCAUGGAUGUUGUACAUGCCACUGUCACUAGCCACAAAGGCCUUGUCUCUAAUGUCUUCAAAGUUGAGGUCAGAUACCAUUUAACUCAUCAUUCAAAACAAAAUUAG